AUGCUUUUCCAGCUCCCUUCCUCAGUGCUCUUCCUGGCCCUCCUUGUUCUCACGGAGGCCUCUCAGAACCAUGGCGCCCACCUCGCAAAUAUGCGUCGCCGCCAUCUCAACCCCCGUGCUUCUGCCGGAGUAUCUGAGCUAGCUACGCCUACACGCUCCGUGGCCUCACGCCGUCGCGCCUGCAAGGCGAAGUCAUCGGGCGCUCUCUCCUCCUCAUCCGCCCCCACCUCCUCCUCCGCUGCCGCCGCUGGUAUCGUCAAUGUUGGCGGCUCGCCGACCACCACUUCGACCACGGACGCACACACCACGGAGACGAGCACCACUACUACCAAGCAGGCCACCCACACCAAAGCUACCCCUACCACAAUAGCUGGGCCCGCUGGUCAAUUUGCUCCCGUCAAGCCCUCCGAUUGGCCCUCCGUUACCCAGGCCGGGGCCAAGCCGUCAUACACCGUCGCCACAUCCUCCGAUCCCUACCUCAAAGCCCUCUCUGAGGCUAUGGACAACUCGGGCAACUCGCUGUUCACAGAGGUGAAGACUGGUGGUGACAUGACCUAUUAUGGUCAAGGUCUUGGAGCAUGCGGUGACGUCUACGACAACGAGUCUUUCACCGCCGCUGUCUCUGAGAUCGUCUUUGACGCAUGGCCAGGAGCUGACGGCAGUGCCCAGAACCGUAACCCCAUUUGCGGUCCUUUCGUCCCCGGUCGUCAGGCCCUCACCGCCCAGGGCCUGAUGGCCACCACAAUCAAGUCUUCCGUCCCUGGGUUCGCUCAGUGCCACGUUCCCCUCACUGCUACCGUCACACACGGCAGCAAGAGCAUUCAAGUGCGAAUCGUCGACCGAUGCGUUGGCUGCAAACCCAACGACAUCGAUCUCACGCCUGCUGCAUUUGCGGCUCUUGCGGAUCCGGCACUUGGGCGCACUAGCGUCACCUGGCAGUUCAACAACUGGUAG